GUGUGUGUGUGUGUGUGUGUGUGUGUGUGUGUGUGUGUGUUAUCGGCCAUCACAGCAGUGAGAAGCCGACUAGGGCCACUUUAAGAUCCCGCAGACAGGGAUGCGUUUUACCCGCUACUGAUCCGUCGACCAUUUCAGUGCAUCCCCGACAGCGGCCCCUGAACGCAGCACCGACGCACCGACAUCUUGGCCAUUUUGGGCUGGAAACAAAACUCCUCCGUCUUCCCCACAGGGUCGGCUCAUCUCGGCAUCUCUCCAGGCAACAACAUCGGGACAAUGGCAGAGCAUCUGUCCCAGAGUGAGCUGGACUACCCCUUCAAACUUCUGGAGUAUUUCAACGGCUUCAGGGUCUCAAAGGUGAUAUUUUCAGCCUGUGAGCUGGGAGUCUUUGACCUCCUGCUAAGGUCCCAGGAGCCUCUGAGUGCCCAGCAUGUAGCCCGGGAGCUUAGCACCAGCGUGGACGGGAUGGAGCGGCUGCUGGACGCACUGGUGGGCAUCGAGAUCCUGGAGGUGGAGACCACAGACGGGAUAGCUUUGUACAGCAGCACCGACGUGGCUAAUCUGUACCUGGCCAAAGGCAGCGGCAAGUCUCUUCAUGACAUGAUCAUCUACCAAUCCCAGACCAUCUACCCGCUGUGGAACAACAUGGUGGACGCCGUCAGGGAGGGGAAGAAUCAGAAUGAAAAGACCUUUGGCCUUCCACCAGAAGAUAUUUUCCAAGCUAUUUACAGAUCAGAGGAGGAGAGGCUGAAGUUCAUGGGUCUGAUGAACUCCUCGUGGGUUCUAGACGGACACGACAUUGUGACGGCGUUCAGCCUCUCCUGCUUUCAGGAGAUAGUAGAUCUUGGAGGAUGCACCGGUGCUCUUGCCCGUGAGAUGGCCAAGGCCUACCCGUCGUCCUCCGUCACCGUGUUGGACCUCCCGCAGAUCGUAGAAACGGCUCAGAAACAUUUCUCUCAGGAGGACGACACGGUGCUAUUUCAGAGUGGAGAUUUCUUCAGUGGUGAAAUCCCUCCUGCUGACCUCUACGUUCUGGCCAGAAUCCUUCAUGACUGGCCUGAAGAGAAGUGCCUCACACUGCUGAGGAAGAUCUAUGACACGUGCAAACCAGGCGGCGGCGUCCUCCUGGUGGAAGCCAUGCUGUUUGAGAACAGACGAGGGCCCGUCAUGGCUCAGAUCUUCUCCCUCAACAUGCUGGUGCAAACCGAGGGCCGGGAGCGCCCCCCAUCCGAGUACAUCCGCAUCCUCAACCAGACCGGCUUCCGCAACGUUCAGGUGUGCCGGACCGGCAAGUCCUACGACGCCAUCCUGGCCAUCAGAUGAGCUCGGGACAGUCCAGAGGCGCCCCUCAAAGUCUGGGGGAAGUAAAGAAAGGUGAUCUGGAACUUUCAAGGCCUUGAAAAGGUUUGGAGGUGGACAUAAUACAUGUUAGACUCUGAAAGUAAGCUCUCAGUGCACAUGGAUCCCCAGUAGGGCUGCACAAUUAAUCGCAAUUUUAUUGAAAUCUCAAAAUUGACUACUACAAUAUACAAAUCUCGGGGGGGGGGGUUUAGUCCACAGACUAAAAACAAAACCUCUUUGGUUAGGACAGAUGUUCGCCAAAAUCACACUAUAACAAUUUUAAUAUUGUAAAAAAAUAUAAUAUCAUAAAAAUGAGAAUAAUGAUACAAGAAUGAUAAUGUCUUCUAACAUUGUGAAUCAUUUCGCAAUGGCAAUAUCAGUCAAUAUAAUGGCAAUUAUAUAUUUUUCUUAUAUGGUGCAGCCCUACUCCCCAUUUAUGUGUGUGUGAUAUUUCAGACUUUUUUUUUUUUUAAUAUCAUAGCAAUACAAACAUUCAUCAGAUUAAAGGUAGCAUACUGCUGGAACAUUUUUGUGAUGAAUACUUGCCUCUAUGGGUAAUAUAUUUCUGCUCCUUUGAAAAAAAAAUAAUAAUAAAAAAUAAAAAAAUAAAAUACAAUCAAUUCAGGUUAAAGGAAUAAUUUGACAUUUUGGGAAAUACUCCUAAUAUCUUUUUGUUUUUCUUUUUGCUAAAAGAGCAAUACCACUCAUGUCUGUAUGCUAAAUAUGAAGCCACAGCCAGCAGUCAGUCUGUUAGCUUAGCUUAGCUUAAAGACUGGAAACAGGUGGAAACCGCUAGCCUGAAUAACAUGUAAUGUUAUUACAAAGGAACCAAUACAAUAUUUGGUAUUUGAUCAUUAUAAUUUUUUUUUUUUUUUAUGAAUUGUGGUACGUUUACAGGCUGGGCUUUUUAGGCUGGCCCUAUGUUGUUUUUGUACUUUGUUUCUCUUUUAUUGACAUGCUCAGAAAUACCAAAAUCUAUUCAGUAUUUGCAGUCAUAUCUUUUUGAAUAUCAGCCGUUCACAACCUAUCACACAUAGCAGAAUCAAACAGAAAGUAGUGACGGGUAUGAUAUCAGAUGAGAGUUUAUCAUUGGUGACAGUAUUUCUUUGAAAUCCUGGAGUGUGUAUUCCGAAAAAAAUGCUAAACCAGUUAUUGACAGAUUUGGGAUAGCUUUUUUUAAAUGAAUAUUCAGCCAUAAUAUUGGGGUCAGUUUGCACACUGUUGAAAGAAGUCUUCCCAAAAUAUCUUCGUUGAUUAUUUUUUUCAAACUUAUUUUUGAAGUCAAUAACACCAAAAGAAACAACACCAACCCUGUUGUCACAAACCAUGUACAUAUCUCUACAUACUUUGUGCAUAUUGUCCGUGAACGGUAAAAACAUCCAUAAAAAGAAAAAGAAGGGAGGCAAACCAACCGCCAUGUUCAUAAUUUCAAAGAAUAUGUAAUCCAUGUUGUCCGUCUUGCAAAGCAUAAAUCAUUUCUUAGUCUUAGAAGAAACUCCAGUGUAUGCUGUAGUGUAGGUAGAUAGAACUUGUUAUGCAGUAAAAAAAAUAUGCUGCUUUAGAAAAUACAGACUUUUGUGUAUGUUGUGAUGUUGUGGGACUGUGUUCCUAUCUUUCCUGUGAUGAGUUCAGGUUCCAGCAUGUAAACCGGACUCUGCAGAACAAACCUCCGUUUACCUCCAUCAUUCCUCCACUGGUGUUAAAAAGUUCUCUUUAUUUUUUUAUUUUUGGACCUUCUAGCUGAAUGGAAAUCACUUGUUGUUUUUAUGAACUGUUAUUAUUGGUGUUUAUUGCAUUUCAACAGCUCAUGCUUACAACAGAAAGUAAUUUACAUCCUCUCAGCUCUAAAUAAGUACUGAAAAUGUCACAUAUUGAAUAUUUAUUACAGACCAAUAUAAUCAGAAUCAGAUUUAUUGGCCAGGUUAGUGCAAACAAAGAAAUAAUUUGACCCCGCUUAACUAUUAAAUUCCAACACUCCCUUACAUAGGCUCCGAUUUAUGUUUUUCUCCGUGGGUGCUCAUGGGUGCAUCGCCCUUAGAAACAAAAGUAGUCAAAAAAUGUUUGCAUUUCCGAACCUUAGGAAAUGGACAGCACACACACACGCCUAUUAACUCGAGAAUAAAGCUAUCUUUCUAUUCAGGACAGCGCCACUUCUCACAUAUACAGAUAGGAGCGAUGACAAGUUUAACUGACAUGUAACCCCAAUCAGCUUCGUGGGAUAUCAAGAAUCAAUACCACCUGUCUGGUAGCCUAGCAACACAACCAAUCACAAUAUGACGCUCCACCAACUGCAACCUUUCAUUUUAAGUGAAUGUAGCCGGUAAAUACUGUUACUUAUACAGUAUAACAAUACAAAAGAAUUUACUAAAAAUAUACAAUAACAAUUGAAGAGAGUGAAGGAAUAGUGCAAUAUCAGUAUAGUCUGAGAUUUAAGAUUUAAAUAUAAAUAUAGUGCAAGGCAGUUCAGCACAAUGGUGGAAUAUUCAUAACAUUUAUGUAAUUGGAACAGGUGCAUUUUCCUUUUUUGUGAUUUGCCCAUGUGAUACAGAUAAGGAGCCUAUGCAAAAUGUCAUGAUAGAAACAUUUUUAAUAUUAUAUAUAUAUAUAUAUAUAUAUAUAUAUAUCUCAGCACACAGUUGUGUAAGCUUGUUUCCUGUCCUCUGAUAAUUCCACGUGUGGGCAGCAUGCAUCCUGCAGAUAACUCCCAGACAUACACUACAUCUACUUAGUUAUUUCUAAAUAGUUCAUUCAAUAAAACAAAAAAUAUAUUUAAAAGCAACGUGCAUGUGGAUGAUGGAUUUUGACAAAGCAGCUGUCUUUCUAUUGGUGCCGGGGUUUUUUAUGUCAUGUAACUGCUGUAACAUUGGUUUGUUAAAGGACAAUUUACAAA